AUGCGGGUUCUAUGCCUCCACGGCCACGGCACAUCGUCUGAUAUUUUUGAGACCCAAUUGAGCGCUAUUCGAGAGCUCCUAGAUGAGUCGACCGAAUACAUCUACAUAGACGGGCCCGUCGAGAGUGACCGAAUGAGUGAGAUGGUCCCCGGUCCAUUCUUCGGCUGGUUUUCGGGCUUUUCGCCGGAUCAAGUCCAAAAGACACAUUCUCUUGUGGCAGAGGCGUUGGAAGAAGAUGGUCCAUUCGAUGCUAUCUUCGGCUUUAGCCAAGGCGCCACCCUCGCCCUCUGUUAUCUUCUGCAGCACCAAAUUAAGCAUCCCAAUAAGCCGCCACCGGUGCAUUUUGCUGUCCUUUUCUCCUGCGCCGGCCCGGCCUUUUCGUCUGACACGAACCUCAGCCGAGACAUCGUCAGCGGUCUGGCGUCGGAGGAUUUUGAGGAUCUGCAACGCUUGGCGGCUGACACGAAAGCGAAUGGCCAGGGACUGUCAGAUCUUCCUUGCGAUUCCAGGAAGGAUGCCUUCUUGGCAACUAUGUGCUCGGCCCUCCAACUUGGGGGCGAAAAUGGCUUUAUUGUGCCUUCCGCGGAGAUCGAACAAUGGAGGCUUGCAUCUGGCCCUGACCGAGAAAAAGCGAUGACCCGCGUCUUUCAUCCGUCCCUGACAUCUGCACGAGUCAAAAUCCCUACUAUCCACGUGCUGGGAGAGAGUGACACUGCAGAUGUUCUUGAACAGGCGGAGGUAUGUCGGGGCCUGUGUGAUCCCCGAUCGGUGGAGAUGGUGGGACAUUCGGCAGCCCACGAUGUGCCCAGAAAGCCCGAUGAGGUCCGGCAAGUGGUCGAGGCAAUUCGCACGGCUGAGGCUGAGGCUUGCCUGAUGGCUUAUUAA